GAGGGAUCUGUGAGAAAUCUUAGAGAGGUGUGAGAGAGUGAAACAUGAGUGACGAGUGAGGGAGAGAAUCUUGCUCUUCUAUAGCAUUUUAGAAUGUCUUCUUCUUCAACAAAUUCAUUUUCUUCUCCUCCAAUGUUCAAUGGAGAGAAUUAUGAUUUCUGGGCUAUUAGAAUGAAAGCCUUCCUCAAAGGGAAUGAUGUCUGGGAAGUCAUCGAGCAUGGUUUCCAACUUCCUUUUCCACAAGAAAACCCAACAGUGGCACAAAUGAAGAGAAACGUAGAGUAUAAUGCAGGUACAUAUAGAGCACUUUCUUUUCUGCAUAAUGCAAUGGCAAAUGAUGUUUUCCCCAAAAUUGCAUCUUGCCAGAAUGCACAAGAAGUCUGGGAAGCACUUAAAGAAGAGUAUGAGGGGAGUACUAAAGAUAAAAGUGUGACACUGUUAGCUCUCAAACGAGAGUUCGAAAUGUUGAAGAUGAAGGAAACUGAUACAAUACAUUAUCUUCCUAAUAGAUUUGAACCUAAAGUUGCUGCAAUUGAAGAGUCUUGUGACUUGAGUAGGCUUUCCGUUAAAGCACUCACUGGAAAAUUGCAAGCUCAUGAAAAAAGACUUGCAAUGAGAUUUGACAAAAGUGUUGAGGGAGCAUUUCAAGCUAAGCACAAGGGAAAAUAUUUAGUUGCAAGAUUAGAUUGGCAGCCUAAGCAAGUGCAGCAGGCUAAUUUCACAGAAGAUCAGAAUGAGGAAGAUUAUAUGUUUGUGGCUAUGCACAGUUGUUUUGUGACUUCAAAGGAUUCAUGGUAUGUUAAUGGUGGUUGUACAAAUCAUAUGGUCAGAGAUGUGAAGCUGUUUACAAAGCUAGACAGGUCUAUUCGAACAAGAGUCAGACUUGGCAAUGGUUAUGUAGUGCAAGCAGAAGGCAAGGGUAAUGUCUCAAUUCAAACUAAGGAAGUGAUGGAAAUGGCUAGAAGCAUGCUUUUUGAGAAGAAUUUGCCUAAGAAGUUUUGGGUAGAGGCAGUGCAUACUGCUGUUUAUUUGCUAAAUGGCCUUCCAACUAGAGCUGUUGAAGCAACUAGAAGAACCAAGUUGGAUGAGAAAGCUGAGAUGGGAAUUCUAGUUGGUUAUGUAGCACAGUCAAAGGGUGCAGCUGCUACUUCUAGACACCAAAAUGUUGUUGAGACUGAUGAUGACUCACCACCUUUGAAGGCUUCAAAACAUGAUGAGUGGAUGGCUGCUAUGAAAGAAGAGCUGGCUAUGAUUGAAAAGAACAAAACUUGGUCACUUUGUCCUAGACCAGAAGGUAAAAAUGUGAUUGGGGUUAAGUGGGUUUUUAGAACAAAGCUUAAUCCUGAUGGUUCAGUAAACAAGUACAAGGCUAGAUUAGUGGUUAAAGGAUAUGCACAGCAGCAAGGAGUAGAUUUUUCUGAGACUUUUGCACCAGUCGCAAGGCAUGAUAUUAUCAAACUGUUGUUUGCUAUUUCUACUCAAAAUGGUUGGAAGGUAUACCAUAUGGAUGUGAAAUCUACUUUUUUAAAUGGUUUUUUGGAAGAAGAAAUCUAUGUUGAGCAACCAGAGGGGUUCCUUGUUCAUGGUAGUGAGAAUAUGGUAUACAAGCUUCAUAAGGCUCUUUAUGGUCUGAAACAGGCUCCUAGGGCCUGGUAUAGUAGGAUUGAUGCCUACUUAAUGCAACAAGGUUUUAAGAGGAGUGAAAAUGAAGCUAUUUUAUACGUGAAAGACACAAAUGGUGGUGUACAACUUCUGGUUUCACUUUAUGUUGAUGAUUUUCUAAUUACAGGUUCUGAUGUUCAAGCUAUGGAACAUUUUAUGCUUGUUAUGAAGAAAGAGUUUGACAUGUCAAAUCUUGGAGAAAUGAGUUACUUUCUUGGUUUGGAAAUCAAACAAUGUGGAAAUGGAAUUUUCUUAUCACAGGAAAAAUAUGCACAGGAUAUGAUGAAGAAAUUCAAUAUGGGAUACAGCAAACCAGUUUCUACUCCUCUUGUUUUGAACUGUAAAAUGUCAAAAAAUGAUGGUAGUGCUUAUGUUGAUGCAUCUUGGUACAGAAGUAUCAUUGGCAGUUUGCUUUAUCUUACUGCUACUAGACCAAACAUUAUGUUUGCUGUUAGUCUGUUGUCUAGAUACAUGAGUUCUCCUACUCAAGUUCAAUUGAGUGUUGCAAAGAGAGUUCGGAGGUAUGUUAAUGGUACUAUUGAUUAUGGAAUCUGGUUUAGCAAGAAUGAUCAUGGUUGCUUAUCAGGAUAUUCAGAUAGUGACUGGGCAGGGAGCAUAGAUGACGGUAGAAGCACUUCUGGUUACUUAUUUCAGUUUGGAUCAGGUGUGUUUUGCUGGAAUUCUUGUAAACAAGAAGUGGUUGCCCAAUCUACUGCUAAGGCUGAGUAUAUUUCAGCUGUGGAAGCUUCAAAUCAUGCUAUAUGGUUGAGGAAAAUGCUAUAUGAUAUAGGGUAGCCUUAGUUUGAUCCUAGUUUGAUUUAUGUGGACAAUACAUCAGCUAUUGCAAUUGCUCAAAAUCUUGUGCAGCACAAGAGGACUAAGCAUGUUCAUGUCAAGUAUCAUGUAAUUAGGUAGUACAUCAAGAACAAGCAAAUUCAAUUGCUUCAUUAUAGUUCAGAUGUACAACUUGCUGAUAUUCUUACUAAGUCUUUGCCAAAACAGAGGUUUGAGAUGCUAAGAGAGCAGCUUGGAGUUACCAGAUUUGCUCUCAAGGAGGAGUGUUAGCGUGUGAGAUCAAGUAUUUAAUGUGGCAGUUACAUUUAGUUUAUUUUACUUAGUGGUGUAGCAGUUUCUUUUUAGUUUGUAACUUCUUUUCAUUUCAGCAACUGUUAUGUAUAACUUUCUUUUUCUUUGAAACUUGUGUGUAUGUUCGCUGUUAUUUUCUGAAAAUAUAUCAGAUAUUGUUCA